AUGAAUGCCAAUACACCGAUGUCAUCGAAAGAUACUCUAGAAGUGAAACGAAGCUUUUCGGAAAUCAGCAAUUGCAACGCGUCGUCUCCUGAAGUCCAGACGGUCAUCGAAGAGGCUCACUCCCUGGUUGACAAACUCAAAUCCAACCGGCUAUAUAAUUUGGGUGAAAGCAGCGGAGAGGAGUCUCGGCCAGAUGACACAAUAACAUGGUCCAAACAAGAGCUCGUUCACACACUUGAUAGCCUUAGUCGAAUGCUAUUACAAUCCAAUGAACAGGUCAACAGACUAAAACUCAAGAAUAUGAUGCUGACAACAGGGCUUAGGGACUCAAAUUCACGAUUCGAAGUUGAAUCUAGUUUGAACAAACAGCAGUUUGAAAGGAUAAGGUGCCAGUUGGUCAUGGAGACUCACGGAUUACACGAAAAGGUACGCAUUCAAGAUCUAAAGUUAGCCAAAUACAAGGAGACAAUUAUCGAGAAGAACAAGGAGAUCAACAAGAUGGCACGUCUACUGAACGACUCACCAACGCCUAACUCAGUAAAUCUAAGAAACACCCCUCAGUCUAUCACAAAAGCACCACGACUCAAUCGAAAUUCUAAGCUGCAGCGCAGAAAUUCUAAUAUGCUGGCCACACUAGGGUUAUUGGCGUCUCAUGUUUUGAGCGUUGGAAACGAAUCGCAAGUCAACGCAGACAACACAGAGUCAGACAUUUCUCACGACAGUUUUUCACAUCAUCAGUCCUCAGCGAAGGGUUCGGCGACGAGUCCUCACGUACUUAAUAUUCCAACGCUACCCAGUAUUACAAGCGCGUCGUUGACACCAACAUCCGAGGACUCUGCCUCUUCUAAACAGUCGUUUCAAAUGCCUAAGCUCCGGAGUUUUAGUACUUGUGAUGGUGCAGUGAACGACUUGCCGUGA